CCAACACAUAAUUGUCAAAAGCAGACGUAAACAAAAGAGUAACGUCUUCCUUCUUCAGCAAUCUCUCUCUCUCUCUCUUAAUCAAUGGCGACAGAGUCCCCGAGCUCUGUUCGUAAAGUUGUUAUACAUCUAAGAGCUACUGGAGGCGCUCCAAUACUCAAACAAUCUAAAUUCAAGAUUCCAGUAACUGAUAAAUUUGCUAAAGUGAUUGACUUUCUUAGAAGACAGCUUCAUUCUGACUCAUUGUUUGUCUAUGUGAACAGCGCUUUCUCGCCAAACCCUGAUGAAUCAGUAAACGAUCUGUACACUAACUUUGGCUUUGAUGGUAAACUGGUGGUUAACUAUGCCUUCUCAAUGGCAUGGGGCUAAAGCCAAGAACUACUACACUGUUCUCAUGUCACGGUUGUGCUAGAUGUUCUGGCUUUGUUGAAAAAUGGCUUCCAGUUGGAAGUUGCUGUACAUAAUCUAGCAUUGUAAUUGAUAUUUUUGUCACCCUAAAUACUUCAUGUACAUAAAAGACCAUAUGAAACUUCCAAAAAUACUAUUUUUUUCUUUUUGAAUGAAUGCUAAAUUUAUUCAAAAAAUGCCUUAUUUCAUCA